AUGGCAAAGAUAGCGCCGGAUCCAUCCCUACUCAUCGAUGGCGGCGAAAGCGUCAGACGACCACUUCCAGAUACCCUCCAUGUGAACGGUGGAGAUGGCACCUACAGCUACACCAGAAACUCCUACUAUCAGAGACUAGCUGCAAAUGUGGUUAAGGAAAAAAUUAAUGGAGCAAUUACAAUGAAGCUUGAUGUGGAAAAACUCUCUUCUACAUCGAAUACAAUUUGUAUUGCAGAUUUGGGAUGUGCAGUUGGGCCAAAUACUUUCAUUGCCAUGCAAGAUCUUCUAGACUUUAUUAAACACAAGUUCAAGCUCCAAUGCCCUAAUUUUAAAACGCUCGAAUUCCUGGUGUUUUUCAAUGAUCAACCCUCCAACGAUUUCAACACACUCUUCAAAUCUCUUCCACCGGAAAGGCCAUAUUUUGCUGCCGGCGUGCCUGGCUCUUUUCAUCACCGAUUGUUUCCGGAAUCCUGCAUUCAUUUUGUGCAUUGUUCGUAUGCACUCCAUUGGCUUUCGAGAGUACCGGAAGAGUUGUUAGACAAGAAUUCUCUUGCGUGGAACAAGGGGAGGAUUCACUACACAAAUGCUUCCAACGAAGUUGUCAAUGCUUAUGCAUCUCAAUUUGCUAAGGACAUGGAGAACUUUUUAAACGCUAGAGCGAAGGAACUUGUGAUUGGGGGGAUGAUGAUCAUGAUCAUGCCAGGUAUUCCCAAUGGGAUGCCUUAUUCUCAACUGGCAGCUAGUCUGAUGUAUGAUUUUAUGUCAUAUAGCUUCAUGGAUAUGGCAAAUGAGGGAUUGAUAAGUGAAGAUCAGGUGGAUUCCUUCAACUUGCCGAUUUAUACUCCCUCUCCGGAGGAGAUGGCCGCUCUAGUAGAAAAAAAUGGGCAUUUUAGCGUUGAAAGUUUGGAGUUAACCAACCCUGCUUCCUCGGUAGAUGGUCCAGUUGAUAUAAAUGCUUGGGUAACACAUGUAAGGGCAGCAAUGGAGGGAAUGUUCACCAAACACUUUAGCAGUGAUACUAUUGAUGAAAUGUUUGAUCGACUGACCAAAAAACUAUCCAAGUUUUCCGAUCAGGUGGAAUCAGGUUACAAGGAACGAACUCAGCUAUUAGUUGUUUUAAUACGAAAAUGA